AAGGCAGUGAGGUCGGGAGUUGUAGGAAGCUCAAUGGAGGGGUUGAGAGGGUGCGGGGGGCCAGUGUGGGGUGCACUGCCAAACCACCGCAUGUCACCUCCCUGUGGAAGGAGGGUGCCUGGCCCAGACAGCGCUCCUGAGCAGAGGGCAGCCAUAAGACUCCAGUGUCCAGGGGACACCCCAGGCGGGCUGGGGCAGACGGCGGUGAGGAGGCUGGCCAGGAAUUCCAGGGUUCCCUGGGCAUUGGGAACCUUGGGAACCCAUCACAAUGGCCAGGAUUCCGGGGCAAUCUGAACUGCCGUCCUGCUGAGCAGGGUGGGCAGGCAGAGCACAGGGCCCAGAGGGCCACCAUGAAGAUGCAGAGCGAGGAAGAUACGGACGAGCAGAUCCAGGAGCUGAAGACAAUCACUCGGCUCCAGGAGCAAUGCCGGGCGCUGCAGAUCCAGGCAGUGAAGGAGAAGACAGUCAAGAACAAGGAGACAAUGGCUCUCCUGCGCAGAAACAUCCGUCGUGGGGCCCAAGAUGAGGCUUUGGCCAAGAAGUAUGACCAGCUGACCAUCUCCAAGGCCUGCGGGAGGGACAUGCCGACGAGGUUGGCGCACUGCCGCUGCACCAUGGAGGUGGCGCGGGAGAAGUUGCGCAAGCACAUCUUCGACCGCGUGAACGUGCACAACGUGCUGAUCCACCUGGUGCGACUGCGCGGGAAGCAGCUGGAAAGCAAGCAGCUAGAGCUGACCCGCCUGCAGAACCAGCCCGACACCACGAAGGAGCAGCUGCGCUUGCAGCAGGUUAUCCGCCAGCUGGAGAACAACAUUGAGAAAACCAUGAUCAAGAUCACCACAAGUCAGAACAUCCACCUGCUAUACGUGGACCUGCUGGAUUACCUGAAGAAAGAGCUGGCAGGAUACCCCCCGGAGCUGGACAAGCUGCAGAAGCUCGUGGCUGACUACUGCUCAGAACUGUCAGACGUGACAGUCAUGUCCCGAGACGCCAUUAUGAUUACGGAUGAGGUCAAGAUGAACAUGAGGCAAGGGGAGGCGACCUUCAUCGAGGAACGCUGGGCACGGGAAAACCAGCUCAACCAGAAGAAGAAGCUGAUCGACAAGGUCCAUACCAAGGAGACCAGCGAGAAGUACCGCCGUGGCCAGAAGGACUUGGAUUUCUCUAAUUUGAUGAGUACAGAGAUGCUGAAAGUGAAGAAAAGAGAGAACUCCAAGGAAGACAUCGAAUACCAGACGUACCUGACCGCUUUGGUGGAGAAAGUCAAGACCACUGUGCGGUGCUCCCGCCUCUGGGACAUCACCGGCCAGUUCCUGGCCCAGAGGAACACGGAGAACAACCUGGAGCUGCAGAUGCAGGACUGUGAGGACAGGCGGAGUCAGCUGGAGGCCUUGAUGAAGAAGCUGGAAGCAGAGCAGACACUGCUCAAAUUCCACCAGACACCCAGCUCCGUCAGCUUUAAGUCCAUCCAGGAGAAGAUGAGGGACAUGCUGAGAGAGGAGGAGGACAGGCUCCAGCUGGCCCACGCUAACAUGACCAAGAGCCAGAAGCUGCUGCUGACCAUCCAGACGGGCGUCGACAACAUGUACUUCCGGCUGAUGGGCAUCCCCCUGCCCGGGGCCCAGAAGUCGGUGGUGCCCUCCGAAAGCUUAGACGUGCACAGCAAGCUGGCCUACUGCGAGAGGAAGUUGCUGUACCUGGCUGACCGAGUGAAGAUGUUGUUCAGGACUGAGGAGGUCAACACAAAGGUGAGGGACGCCCUGGAGUCUUCAACUCUGAAGGAGAAGCAGAACACCAGGAUAAGCUUUGAGGACCUGGAGGAAGAUAUGAUAGAAACCUUCCAGUUCACCGACGUGGACCACAGCUACGUGCCCUCGCGGGCCGAGAUCAAGAGGCAGGCCCAGAAGCUGAUCGAGGGGAAGUUCAAGAUAACUAAGAAGAAGAAGAAGUGACCCCCCAGAAGAAGGGGGAACCGUGCCGUGGUUCCCCAGCCCCCGCUCCCAGGCCGGCGCUUUGUUACACAAAUAAACAUUUUUCCAGGACUGCUGGAGACACCUGGGGUGGCGGGGAGA